UGGUAUUCCAGUAGCUUCUUAAAAGAUGAGGAUAAGAAAUAAUCUUAUCUUAUUUUUUUUCUUAACUAAGGAUAAAAUUGAGAUAUUUCUUAAGUGGUAUUCCGAGGAAAAUCUUAAGUUAAUCUUUAUUAAGAUUUGCCUUAAUCUAUUUUUAUCCUCAAGCGGAACGAAUGCUAAUUUGCAUAAAUUUUCGGUUUUUACCGUUCUAAAUAAAGUAACGGAAGUUUCAUAUGCGCAAGCGUAAACAUUUGUUGCCAGACGAUAAUGUCAACAAAUAUGGCCGACAUCGAUAAAAAGCGAUCGGCAAAUUUCAGUCCUAAUGACUGCUUGUUGCUGGCUCAUAUUAUGAAUGAGCCAGCUCAAGAAGGAUCUAUUUUGACGCGCUAUGCUUACCUGAAAAGCAGAUUCAACCCAUCAAUUACUUCAACUUCAAAAAAGUUGAUGUGGGAAAAAGUAGGUACACUUUUCAACAUGAGGGCAGAGUACCCUAGAGAUGUUGUGGUCCUACAGAAAAAGUGGGACAACCUGAUCCAAACCCACAGGUCAAAAUAUCAGGACCACCUAUUUGCGCAAAACAAAACAGGUGGUGGAGCUGUCACCACUGUGCUAGGGCCAAUUACAGAGGCAAUUAUGGACGUGGUUGGUAGAAGUUCUUCCAACACUGUCGGAAUAGUUGAAACAACAUUUGACAGCGGGUUUCUACAGCUUGAUGCAUUUGAUGCAUUUAGCGAUAGCCCUGGGGCAUCACAAGGACUUCAAACAGCUACUGCAAUCCAUCUGCCGACUGCAGCACCAAACAGGUUCAAUCGUGCUUUGCCAGUUACUGGUAGUGGACCGGCUGCAAUUGCCAAUGAUGCCGCAAGUAAUGCAACAAUAGAAACUGUCUGCUGCAGUUGCGGUUGCCAUACUAGAGUUCAAAAACUCAAAGAAGAAAAGCUAACACUCCAAAUAAAACUUCUAAAGAGGCAGUUAAAUUAUGAGGAAUGAAGUUGAAUUUAUUAAAGGGGCCGUCCAACAGAUUGGUAAUUUGACAAAAUUUAAAAAGUUGUUUCAGAUUCGCACAUUUUCGUUUUUGUUGUAAUAUUUUUGGAGGAAAUAGUAAUACUAACCAUUUACCAUGCUCUUAAAUAUCCAUUAUAUGCAUCUUUUGACUAUUUGAAAACCUGAAAAUUAUAAAGUGUUGUGCGACGCGAAACAAUUGAAUAAUUUGGAAAGUUCUGUUGUUGUAGUUAUAUUUUGGGUAAUUACGAGGAUUGCUUAUAAUAUAGGUAAAAACUACAUGCGCUCUAAGCAUGAGCAUGGAUGGUGGAGUGGUAUGGGUGGGAGACUUUUUACUCCAGGUCAACUGUUUAAAUUUAUCAAUAUAAAGCAUUUAAUUACAUGCUUCAAUACAUGUCAAAAUCUGUUGGACGGCCCCUUUAACUGUGUUUUGAACAAUUUGAUAUUUAAAGGGGCAUAUCAAUGGCCAGAACAGUAUUUCAUAUUCGGAAAUAAAUUGAUACAUAACAAAAACUUAUUUCUUACAACAUUGAGCCUGCAGUAACACAUAUUCUCUAUGUAUUUUAAUAAUUGUAACCAGUUUUCCCCAGGACACUUUUCAAAAUUGCUGGAAAAUUGUAGUAGUUUAAUAUUUAUGAUAAAACCAUGUACAUAAGUAUUAUGAAAUGUGCAUGCUCAAUUACAAUAAUAGACAUUUCACAGUACGUCAGAGUAGAAAAAACUCAUCCAAGCUUGUGAGUUAUAAGUUUCUGUAGCUAUAUUUUUUCUUAACAAUUUCACCAAGCAAGUAUUGUUCCUCACGAUUUAUAAUCAUUAAAAAAGGAACUUAAAAAUUUAACUAUAAAGAAAAAUACUGAAGAUAUGCCCCUUUAAUACAGCAUAAAAAAAUAAACUGUUUAAGAUGUUACCAUUAUGUUAUUAUUUGCUGCUGUAUAUUUGUUACCAAGAACCUGUUAUAUUUUUAUUUAAUAGUGGCCAAGGC